AUGUCGUUGAAAAAUCCAUUCGUCUACUACUGCCGAUGGGAGAAGAAGCACAAAGUGUAUGUGCCGGUGGCUAGCGUGUUUCCCGACAAGGACAUGGUCUGGUCGCCGCCGCCGCCGAUCUCAUCGCCGGCUUUCCAACAACCACUACCAUCCAUCACAGACAAGCUCGGCAAUCUCGACGAGUUUCGCGAUCAAGACGAUUUCAGCAGCUUCCAGCAACAAACACCACCAACGCCGUCAUCGCCUCUCACUUGGGCAAUUUCAAGAUUCGACUACUAUUCUGGUAAACCUUCAAACACUAUAAUUCACAAUCGGCCAUCACUAGCUUCUUGA